AAGCUCACCUCCUUAUAGAGCGAGCUCCAUUUCGGCGGCGGCCACCUGGGCGCCGCUGAAACUGCCGGCGCAGACGGAGCUGGCGGCACCCCGCGGGGCCGCAGGACGCCCAUGACGCCGCCACCCUUCCUCCCAGAGCUGGGCCGGCCCGGGGCCGCCCCGCCCCACCGCCCGGGGUUUCGAUUCUCCGCGGGAGCCCCUCCCCGGCAGCGCGCCCGAACCCGAGGGCUAGAUGGCGGGCGCAGCGGCGCAAAGCGGGACUCCGGGGAGUCCCGGCCCCGCCAAGCGCGAGGACACGAGCGGCUGCUGCUGCGCGGAGCACGGCGACCGCGUGGUCGAGCUCUUCUGUCGUCGUUGCCGCCGCUGCGUGUGCGCGCUCUGCCCGGUGCUGGGCGCGCACCGCGGCCACCCGGUGGGCCUGGUGCUGGAAGAGGCGGUGCUGGCGCAGAAACUCCUCCAAGAACGUUUAAAGCAGUUGGAAGCCAAGAAACAGCAGCAAGUUGGCAACAUAACCCAGAUAGAAGAUGCUGCUGAGAAGCUCAAGGCUCACGCAGAGUCCAGUAAAACCUGGCUGACGGGAAAAUUCACUGAACUCCGACUACUACUUGAUGAAGAGGAAGUGCUGGCCAAGAGAUUUAUUGAUAGCAACACGCAGCACACCCUCCAGGUGUACAGGGAGCAAAUCGAGUCUUGUGGGGAGCAAGUAGAUGCUGUGAACAAACUUUCCAGCAGGGUCCAGAGGAUCAGCCAGGAGCCCAGUCCUGUCCAGCAGCUGCAGGAGUUCGUGGCCGCCGAGCAGGAGAUGCAGCGGCAGAUGAGCCUGGGAGAGCUGUGUUACCCCGUGCCCCUGUCCUUCGAGCCCGCCAAGAGCUUCUUCAAGGGCCUCGUGGAAGCCAUGCAGAGCAUGUUACAGAAGCCACUGGACGUUCGCCUCAAGGAAAACAUGAACUGCCAGCUCUCAGGCUCCUCCAGCACCAAGCUCGUUUCCUUGUUGAAAACAAGCCCCUCACCAGAGCGAUCACUCUUCUUAAAACACGCGCGCACGCCCACGCUGGACCCGGACACGAUGCACGCACGUCUGCGCCUGUCCGCCGACCGCCUGACGGUGCGCUCUGGCCUGCUGGGCCGCCUGGGACCCACGCCCGCCCUGCGCUUUGACAAACUGUGGCAGGUGCUGGGUCGCGACUGCUUCGCCGCCGGGCGCCACUACUGGGAAGUGGACGUGCAGGAGGCGGGCGUCGGCUGGUGGGUGGGCGCGGCCUACCCUUCCCUGCGGCGCUGCGGGGCCUCGGCCGCCGCCCGCCUCGGCUGCAAUCGUCAGUCCUGGUGUCUCAAGCGCUACGAUCUCGAGUACUGGGCCUUCCACGACGGCCAGCGCAGCCGCCUGCGGCCCCGCGACGACCCCGACCGGCUGGGCGUCUUCCUGGAUUACGAGGCCGGCGUCCUGGCCUUCUACGACGUGUCUGGCGGCAUGAGCCACCUGCACACCUUCCGCACCGCUUUCCAGGAGCCGCUCUACCCAGCCCUGCGGCUCUGGGAAGGGGCCAUCAGCAUCUCCCCGCUGCCCUAGGGGCUGCGACCGGAGUGACUGCCUAGGCCUUCCGCUGCUCUGGUGUCACCAACCGCGAUGUGGCUGCUCUGUCUGCUCCUGAAGCAACCCUAUCUUCUCCCCCACCAGCAUCCACGGGUGCUUUGAAGGUCUCCUCUCCUAGGCUAGUUUCAAACAUGCCCUAAACACAGAUCCUCUGCCGGGGAGCUCUCUUCGACCUCCCCACCACCACCAGGGCACUUAUACGACACAGCUUUUAGUCCAGGUGCCACCCACACGUGAGCCCUAAGCAUCCUGACCACGUCAGCAUACAUGAUCUUCAACCUAGGACUUCUCCCUCAUGCAGCAGUCGGCAAUACCUGGCACUUAGUAGGCACACAAUAAAUAUGUGGGUGAGUCAUCCAGCUCUUACUCUUUCUCCCUUAAUGCGCCUUUGAUCUGCCUCCUCCUCUCCGCUCUACUUCAGCUUGUCCAUGUCACUUCCCUUCAGAGCAGCUGCAAGAGCAUCUUAACAACACCUCAUGGCCUGAACCCUCUCCCAUCCUCAUCCUCCACUGUACAGCCAGAGUGAGGUGCCUAAAAUUUCACUUAACCUUGGAACUACCCGGAGGUUCCCAAGGACGCCAGGGAGAAGACCAGCAGACACGCUGCCUUAGCAUUCAAAGCUUUUCUAGUCUGCCCCAAACUCCUGAUGCCUCAUCUGGCUUCUACUGCUCUUUUCAGAGACCCUCCAAUUAGAGCUGUCUGCACCUUUGCCCUCUGCUUUUGGCUCCAUACACUCAUUUAUGCAGAAAAGCCCUUUCAUCAUCUUCCUUUGCCUGCCUCAGCCUUGCCCUGGCUUAGCUGCCCCAGGAAGUCUCCCCAAGCCACAGGGGUCUCUCUUACUAUCAGAACCACGAGCCUGGGACCUUGCAUUCCAACUCGAUCGCAAGUUUUCCAAGGGCAGCUGUGUCCGAUACCUUCCCCACCCUGAAAAGUUCGGAGUGUCCCUUCCUCCCAGGCAGGAAUGACCAGCAGCCAGCUAUCACGGACUCGAGGAACAGCUGAGCUGAGAAGACCACAUGGAUCACCCAGCCUGGCCUCGCUGGACAAGUGGGGAGACUAAGGUCCUGAAAGAAAGUUGCUUAAAGUUCCCCAUGGUGAUGAAGGGCUGGGCCACCCCACCCCCGCUACAGCCCCAAGGCAAGGGUCUUACUUACUUGGCCCCUGGCCCAGCUCUUCAGGCCCAGCUUUCAGUCUGGAGAUUUUACUGCUUACUCAUUCCUCAGGAGAUGUUGGGAAGAAAAUCAGCAGCAUAGCAACCACGGGCGGUUUCCCCCACUGUCUUGGAACCAGAAGAAGAGCUGAAAGUAAGGUUUGGGCAGAGCCCGGACGUCCCCAGGCUCCUCAGAUCCCACAGUUCCAGGUGUCACCAAGGAAACCCAGAGAACCCCACUUUCCAAAAGAGAAGGGGCAGAAAUCGAGAAGGCCAAACCAACAGGGCUUCACAGGCCCGCUUCUCUAACAGGAAGGGAAAGGCGUCUUUCUGGGUCUGUGCCUCAGUUCUGAAGAGUUAGCAUCAUUAUUUGUCAAAUUCCUAGACGGCGUUGAAACCAUCCCGUGUUACAGUGUUGUCUUAGGUGCUGGGCAAGAGGGCAGCGGUAGGGGGAGGAAGAUGCAAAGCUGAAACCCACUUAGGGUUUCAGGGCAUUAAUGAGCUUGAACCAAACAAAACUGACAAUUUCUAAGUUUCUGACCUAAAAAUGCCACCUUCAUAUAGGGCAAUGAAAUACAAGUAGACUACAAGGCAGAAGGAACCUUAAGAGUGCCCUUGGCUCUAACCAAAUCCCUUAAAACCCGAGCCAGAUAGAGAGCAUAGUGUUUAAGCACACUGCUCCGGGAAUCCUGAAAAAAGGAGAGCUCGGAACUGUGACAGGACAUUCGUGACAGAAGGAGAUGGACACACUGGACCCUGUAUCUCUGUCCAUCCCUGCAAAGACAUUCCCAGACCCAUGGCGGCCACAGCCAAGUACUACCAGCACCUGCUAUUUUGUCAGGCACUGUUCUAAUGCUGGACAACGAUUAACUCAUUGGAUCCUUACAUCAUCCCUAGGAGGUGGAAAGUUACCCCAAUUCUCCAUAUGGCAAAAUUGAGACACAGAGUAACUUGCCUGAGGUCACACAGCCAGUGUGGAGUUGGGGUCUGUGCUCAUGUCUACCAGGCCAUACUGUUCAGGUGAACACAGCUGGUCUCUGGCCAAUGCCUGCUCGCUCCCUCUCCACUUUUGCCUGUGAUACUCGGCUCUGGCCUGGUUACCCUGUGGGAUGCGGGUCUACCUUUGGGCUGAGAUGAGGUCCUGCACCCAGAGAGGAACUGUGAGAGUCUGGAAUUCAUGUAGCAGAGACAGAGCUGGAUCAUAAAGGACAACAACUCGUUCUUAUCAAACGCGUACUCUGUACCAAGACUUGCGCCAGCCAGAAAACUGCAGCUUCGGUACGCAAUGCAGUGACCUAGCUGUCUUACCUCUCAGAGUCAUCUGUAAAAUGGGAAUAAUGACCCUGCCUAGUGCAGGGAGGCUCAAAUGAGCCAACGGUUUUGAACUUGCUUUAAAAACUCUAUGGUACCGUAGCAAGCCAGCAUGCAUCAGCACCCCCAGCGGGAUUCCUGUUGUGCCUGGCAUAGUGCGGAGACAACGGAUACUCCCAGCAGCCAUCGGGCAGUAGCAGGAACCUCCUUGAAUAUUCCCCUGCAGGACUAAGGCUUCCUUGUGGUCCAUGACUAUAAAGUCACUUACCUAAUUCUCUUUCAGAUAUGAACUUGCGGAAAAUUUUUUAAAUAUUAUUUUCUAAUAUUUACUUUUGAGAGAGAGAGAGAGAGAGAGGCGUGAGCAGGGAAGG